AUUGAAGAAAAGCUUGAAACUUGUAGAGCGUCUUUUUUAACGCGCCUGCUGCUCCAGAUUUAACGGUUUCUGAUUGUAUGCCUAUUACACUUUUCCUCAACGUGGUCAAGUAAAGUUAUCGCAACAUCAACAUGUAAAACUUAUUGGUUGUCAGUAUAUCUACAAAUUAUUUCGAUCUAAAUUUUAAUUACAAUAUAUUUUAGAUGCUUAUUCAGUGCAUUAGUUUAAAACAUUUGAGGAGUAUUUAUCGUCACGUGAAUCCAAUUCAUCACAUCUUACCUUCUCAACAGGUUCUUCUAAAUGUAGUAUCUAAACGGAAUAUUUUCGCUGUUACCGGUAUUCAACCAAGUGGUAAACCUCACCUCGGAAAUUAUCUUGGAGUUAUAAAACCGUGUGUUACGUAUUGUCGUGAUAGUGAUGUGUCACAGUUCUUUAUGCUGAUCGCAGAUUUACAUUCUCUUACAUCAAACAAUUGUAAUGACCUGAAGCAUGGUAUUCAUGAACUUGUGGCUACUUUGCUCGCAUGUGGAUUUGAAGCAAAUUCUUCAAAGCAAAUUAUAUUCCUUCAAUCUUCUGUGCCUGGACAUACUGAACUAGCAUGGAUCUUAUCAUCAGUUUGCUCGAUCCUGAGGUUAGCUCAUUUGCCUCAAUGGAGAGAAAAAUGUGGAUAUUUUAACUCAGUGUCUGAUGUAUCUACUAACAAUACUUUAUCAAUGAAUAAUAUCCCUGAUAAUGCUUCCGUUGGUUUAUUUACCUAUCCUACUUUACAAGCUGCUGAUAUACUUCUUUAUGGAGCACAUUCAGUUCCUAUUGGAGCUGAUCAAAUAACUCAUAUUGAAUUAGCACGUGAUCUAGUUCGAUCAGCUGUACAUAAAUGGCCGUCAUUAUCAUCUAUUUUACAUAUACCUAAUAGUGUCAUUUUUGAUGCACCUAAAAUAAACAACCUAACAAAUCCAAUUAAAAAAAUGAGUAAAUCUGAUACAUCAGAAUUAGGUAUAAUCUAUCUAACUGAUACACCAGAUAAUAUUUAUAAAAAAAUUAGACGUGCUGAAACAGAUUCUAUCCGUAAAAUUACUUAUGAUAUUGAAAACCGUCCUGGAGUAUCAAAUUUAUUAAGAAUUCUAUCUGCUAUCCAGGGUCGUAAAAUUGAAGAAAUUCUAUCUACAGUACCUAAUGAUUGGAGUAAAGAAGAUUUGAAAUCCAAAGUGUCAGAUGCACUUAUUGAAGAAUUUGAUCCAAUUCAAAAACGAAUAAAUGAUUUUAUGAAUACAGAAGAAGGCCAAUCUACUAUAGUUAACUGUUUAUCACAUGGUUCAAGGCGAGCUAACCAGUUGGCUACAAAACGUUUAGAGCUAAUUUACUCUGCUAUUGGUUGUAAGAUACCAGAUUGUAAAAAUUAUUCUUCAUCAUAUUAACUAAAAUAGUAACAGUUUAAUAUGAAUAUAUGGCCUAUUAAGUCUUCUUUCAUGUACAUUGGUUACAAUACUUUUGAUAUAUAGUAUCUACCUACCUACCUUCUGAUUUUUGUUUUGAAUCAUUAUGCAAUUGUCCAAUGAAGUGCGAGCGAUUAGCACAACAAUUCUAAACACUGUGUAGAUUUAUUCCUUAUUUUAGAAUAUAAAAUGAAUCUAAAUAAUCUUUAAUAGUUUCAUAAUCAUGUAGUUUUAACUUUAGAACAAAACUGGCAACUGAUGUUUGUUGUAUACUGAUUUCCUACAAGAGUUCUUUUAGAUUAUAUCGGCUAUAUACUCUAAGUUUACAAUCAGCUACAAACCUUGAAUUUUCUGCUAUUGUUUGGCCACUUUUCAAAUAAACUAUCAAGAA